CUUUGACAAAGUGAUCUUCUUCUUCAUACCGCAGCGCGCGUUGACUCCAACGGAUCUACUGCUAUCGCCUUGUGGUUUUCUCUCUGGGGACCCGACGAUCGAUUCUCUGUCCCGCAUUUCCGGUACUUGAUUAGUGAACUACAAGAGACCAAAAUCGUGGAUAACCAUAAUUGGGAUUUGGUUGUAGAUAUAGUGCAGUCUAUCGUGGAGAUCGUCUCAUGUGGUGAUAGUCAAGAUCCACAGCUCUUUGAACGUUUUAUGGAAUAUCAAGUCUUGGCAGAGUUUGUCAGGGUGUUAAGGAUCUGUACAGAUACAGGAAUCCAAGCUCCAUUCCUACAAUAUCUUAGCAUAUUCAUACAGAACAUAGAAAACUACUGUUUCAGUAAUGACCACAUCAACAACAUUAUAGCACACCCGUUCAACUUUGGUUGCGGAGAUCUAGAUCCAUAUUAUAUUUCAUUUUUAAGAGCAAUAAGCAGCAAAGUAAACAUAGGCAUUAUUAGCCUUCUUGUGAAGGUUCAUGGGGAUACUGUAGUUUCCUUCCCGUUGUAUAGUGCCGCUCUUAAAUUUUCCCAGCAUAGUGAAAGGAUGAUUCAGACAGCUGUACGCGCAAUAACGCUGAACCUGUACAAAGUUAGUGAUGACAUGGUUCUUCAGUUUUUGUCAACUCCUCCGGUCUCUGAUUACUUCUCAAACUUAGUCUGGAGAUUGAAAGAGCAAUGCAGCCAUCUUGAUGGCCAUGUUCAUGCAUUGAAAGAACGGUUUACUGAUCAUGGAUGGAAGGAGUUGCUUCUGGAAGCUGAUAAAAUUGUGGAUGAGAUUUACCACCUCAAGGAUAUUAUCUCAGUGGGUGAAUCUUGUCUAAGUGAAGCUGUUGCCUUGAGUCUUCUGAAUUUUCUUAUCUUUCCGAUACUUCGUCGACUUCUCAAGACACAACAGAGUGAUGGCUCCAAUUUAUCUGUAGUAACUUCCUACACCGGUUCAGAGUUGAAAGACCCUACAAGACUGAUAUUUCCUGGUCAAUCAGGAGGUCUGGAUAACAUAAGUGGGAACCUUUAUCAUCGUUACUUCUCAGACACCAUUUCUCACUUUGAUCCUGUUAGAUGGCCAGUUGAGGAUACUUUGAUUCCGGAGAGGAGUGGAAUACUUCUAUUUGCAGAGUCUGAAGAUUGCUGUGCCAUACUAGCAUCUUUGUUUUUUUUGCUUACUUUAGCAAAGAAUGAAGGGGACGAGUAUUUUGUGGCUUUGAUUUCUGAAUUUUUCUCUUCAAGGCAGGGGAUGAUGUUCAAUGCAUUGUUGAAAAUUUUAACGAGUGAAUCAUCAAUGCCAGCAUUGGUGCAAGGUUAUACAGGAUGGUUCCUGCAUAAGCUACUGAUAUCUCAAGGCAAUGUACUCACAAUCUUCAGCUAUUCAAGAACUCAAGUGAGCGGAGUUGUGAUCUUCUUCAAAAGGAACUUGAUGGAUGCUGGUAUGACCAUCUUCUUACUCUCAGAGGGUCGUGGAACAGUUGCACAGCACCCCUUGAGGAAUCAUCUAUAUCCAAAGACCCGCUUUUCCUACUGGAGCUUGCUGUCUGUCAGCAAACUAACGGUCGAUUGCAAGGUGAUUCCACCAGUUAUGCUGCUUGACAAAGAAUGGUGGAUGUUGCGAAGGGGGCAUUCUUUCAUUUUGCAUGUUCAGCUGAAGGCCUUUAUCAGCAACGGAAAGUUCAUUGAGAACCCCUUGCCAGAAGAGUCCACAGCCAGUCCUCAGGUUGAACCUGCAAUCUUUGGGUCAGAUGUUUCAUUAGGUUCAGGAAUUCCUUGCCGUAUCGCCUUUUCAGGGGACUUCUGGGAAAUUGCUUCUUGCAGAGAAACACCCCUUUCGCAGUCAACGUGGGAAAGUGAUUGCCAUCGCUCCAUUGGCUGGAUUAAGUGUAAGUUGGCAGUAUCGUAACUCUGGCUUUCUACUGUAUAUGUAUAUAUGUAUAUGACGAGCUCCAAACCUUUUCCUUCAAAACUAGACCUGACCCGAACCCGCCUUAAAAAUAGAGAGUGGAUUGAGGUUUUUUUAACCCAAAACCGGAAUGACCCAAAACUGAUUAACCCAUAGUUUUUGGGUCGGGUAGGGUUGGUUUUUGGGUCGACCCGCUAGACCCGUUCCAUUGUAUAUGUCACUCUCAAAAUGAUAAAAUCUCUCAUACUUUGGUGAGAUGUUAAAAAAAAUUCAUAUGGAUUUGAAAGACAAGUUGGAAGUGUAAAGAUAAUCAAACAUCAUUUGUUUAUUUUAUUAGUAUUAUUUUCGUCAUCGUUUUUUCACGAUUUGUGCAAUUUUUAUUUCUUUUCAUUAGCGUGGAAGGAGUUGAGCAUUUGUUAAUUAACGUGUGCUAGGCAA